ACGCCAAUGAGAUCCGAGUGUCUAGAGGGUUUCCGAACAAAACCAUCAGAUUCGGCAGUUAUCAGGGCAAUCCCUCUUGUUUUUGGCUUUCUUCAACCUUCCUCACGACGACCAUAUCCCUAUGAAAGUCUGGGUGGACCAUCCCUCCGGAAUUUUACCUUGGGUUUUGUCAACCAUUGCCACACACUGCUUCUUUCUCACCUCAGUUAGAUUAUUUCAGGACAUCGUCCGUCAGGGUUCCGUUGCGGUUUGAAUGACACCCGUUACAGUACCACGCCAUGGAUUGCACGGCAAUGGCGGCUUGCGUUGGAAGGCAUCGGGAUGGGUUUCGAACUCUGAGCCAAGACAGCAUCUCCUUUUGCAGUGAGAGCGCUGCUGAGGAAACAACGACGGCGAACCCUGAUUCAUCAGCUCACGAAGCGAAUCACGAGACGCCGUCAAACGGGGAUGUCGAAACGGAGCAGGGUUGCGAAGGCUUACUAACCGGGCGAAAGGAGGCAGUCGACUACGAGGUCGCGUGUUACCCGUCGUUGAAUAUCAGCGGAUUUAAGUCUCAGGAGAAACGGCGAUCAUUAGGUAUUCUAAGGACGUCUACGACUGCGGGUGACGAUCCGUCUAGCGUCACGUCUCACGCUUCAAGUGCACCAACGCAGGCAGCAGGGCCGGGCGUGGUUUUCGCUUGCUUCGGAGUCAACGGGACCCGCUCCGGCGGCGAAUCAGACGAGGAAGACGACACGGAAGGCGAGGCGAGGGAGGAGAGAAGGGAGGACGCUAGGGAAGCGGGAAGGGAAGACGCGAGGGAUAGCGCGGAGUGCGGAAACCAGUGGGAGAGCGCGAGGGAGGAUCGGAGUGAACCGCUGCAUUUGGCGGAUGCCGAGGGUCAUGACGACGACGAUGGCCCCGGGUAUGACUCGAAUCCGGAGGAAGACGAGGCCGAGAUGGCCAAGAUGGAAAGAGCCAUGUCGGACGAGACGAUGGCGGACGAUGCGAAAGGGCCGCAGCGGCAGUCAUGGCUAUCGAGCGUGGAGUGGUUCGUGUCGUGGCCGCUGCGGCGACUCAGCCACAAGUGGAGACUGCGUCUGUUCUGGGUGUGGGUGCUGCUGGCGGCGGCGAUCCUGGCGCUGGUGUUCGCCAUGGCGUGGCAGCACUCGCUGUGGGGCGAGAGGGACGACGUGGCGGGGCACUGUGAGGAGUGGGCGGCGUUCAUCGAGGGCAAGUUCAACACUACUGCCGCCAACACACGCUCCAUAGCUGACUUCAUCCGCGCAUACUACCUCGAUAACAUGAGGGAGAGCUUCCUUGACGUGGCGAAAUUCCAACGGUUCACUCAAGCCACACUCAACGGGUUACCCAUGGCGUCAUUCCUGGGCUUCAUCCUGCUGGUCAACAACAGCGCCAUCCGGGACAUGGUGGAGCGCAAUGCAGGCCACUGCAUCUAUGGGCCCAUGGCCUAUGGGCCCGCUGCAACCGACGGCCCUUCAGGCAACGGGUCCCUGCCAUGCCGGCCGCGCGACCUGCCCAUGUAUGCGCCGCUGGUGGUGUUCAACAUGCGCCCGGACUACGACCCCCGCGUGGAGACAAUUAAUGGGUGCUGCUUCGAUGUCAUGUCAGACCCCAGCAUGAACGCAACCUUCCAUCGAGCCAUCGACUCAGCCUCUUCCGCCUUGUCUUCUCCCUUCAUCCGCAACAACUACCCCUACCACUUCCUCUGCCAAGUCUUCCCCGUGUACUUCAACCGCACAACCUUCGCCCUACCUCACACGCCCUUCCCUCCCUCCUCCUCCUCUCCCUCGGUCCACCUCCCCCCCCUCGCCCUACCCCGGAUGCUCCCGAGGGGAUUUGUCAUAUCGAUAUAUAAUUUUGCGAACCUGCGGUCGCUGGUGGGCUUUAAGGAGCUGGAGGAGUUGAAUGCAAGGGUUUACCUGGUGGAUGGUACACGGGGCGGGGAUUGGGAUGGUGCGAAGAAUGGUGUUGGUGGUCGUGCUGGCAGCAGCUGGUUGCCAGCCCUGCUGUUUGAGCACAAGGGGACGGCGAGUGAGGAGGAGAUUGGUACUUGGAUCGUGGACAUGAAGGGGCAAGAGGAGGUGCAUGUGGGAGGGGAGAGGGUGCAGCGUGCAGUGUACUUGGGGGAUCCUGCGAGGAACUUCUAUCUAUUCUGCGAGCACAUCUCGUACUCCAAGCCAUUCGGCUCCUUCGUGUGGAUCGUGGUGGCAGUGCUGUUCAUCGCCGUGUCCACGUUCCUCCUGUGGACGUGCAUUCAGCUCAUGGACGCUUUUGAAUCCGACUGUCAGCAUAUGGCCGUCGCACAGCACGAGCUGAAGGCGGCACGCCUGGAGGCCGAGGCGGCGAGCCGAGCCAAGGGCGCGUUCCUCACCACCAUGUCGCAUGAGAUUCGCACCCCCAUGAAUGGCGUGAUAGGCAUGCUCAAUCUGCUGCUGGAGACACCUCUGGACGGCACGCAGCUGGACUACGCGGAGACGGCGCGCAGCAGCGGGCGCGCGCUGUGUGCGCUGAUCAACGACAUUCUGGACCUCUCCAAGAUCGAGGCAGAGAAGCUGCACCUCGAGCGCAUCUCGCUGGACCUGCGUGCAGAGCUCGACGACGUGCUCGCGCUCUUCACAGAAAGCGCGGAGGAGAAGCGGUCUGUGGAGCUCGCGGCGUUUGUUGCCGAUGAUGUGCCCGAGACACUCAUUGGGGAUCCGCUUCGAGUGAAGCAGAUCCUCAUCAAUCUCAUUGGAAACGCCUUCAAGUUCACGUCCAAGGGCCACAUCUUCAUCGCCGUCCGGGUGGCAAGCAGCACAGGCGAUGCCAAUCCCCCGUCGCUGCUGCCAGCCUCGUCCUCCACCUCCUCAUUGUCCUCCUCCUCCUCCUCAUCAUCCCUCUCCAAAGCAUCCGCCAACAAUCACCAGUCCCUUCACAACGGCCUCGCUAUUGCAAACAACCGCGUUGCCAGAGGGGAGACCACAGAGGGGAAGGAUGCACCUGAGGGCGUUGGCACCAUUGCUGCAGCAGAUAGGAACGGUGCGGAUGCCUCUACGGGUGCUGAUGCUGAUGGCCGUGCGACCGCCGCAGAUGCCUCCACUGAUCCUGGGUGUCUGACCCUGAGUGGGCGGCCGGCAGUGAAGACGUGGUGCUCCUGGGAGCACAUGGUUGGCAGCAUGGACCUUGGAGCGGUCGGCAUGGUGAAUAACACCUGCCAUAGCACUCUGGCUCCAGACCAGCCAGUGCGCCUGCUGGUGGCGGUGGAGGACACAGGUAGCGGCAUCCCGCCGCAUGCACGGAAACACAUCUUCCGCCCAUAUGCCCAGGCGGACCGUAGCACGGCACGUCUGCAUGGAGGCACGGGGAUUGGGCUUUCCAUAUGCAAGCGCCUCGUGUCGAUGAUGGGGGGAUCCAUCUCCUUCACUAGCAAGCCUGGCAUCGGCACCACCUUUCUCUUUGACAUUAUCCUCCACACACCUCCUCUCCCCGACCUUCCCAACUCUCCCUCUCCUCCUCCUGAAACCCUCACUUCCCCUCACUCCCUGCGAUCGAACCCACGAUCGAACCCGCUUGAAGCAGCAGUCCCACUCCCCUCACCUCUCACUACUCCACUUUUGCCAGCGGCUUCCCCGGCCUCCCCGCAAUCCCCCAUCAUGCCUUGUGUCGCUCCCUCCAUCCCCUCCCCACGUCCUCUCAGCUCUCGUGAUGUGUCCCCCCAGGCCACAAGCAACCAGCAGCAGCAGCAGCAGCAGCAGCAGCGGGGGGCAAGUGGGGUGGAGGGUGUGUGUGUGGUGAGUGGUGGAAGGGAUGCAUGUGCGUUGCAGGGGGUGUGUGUGGUGAGUGUGGACGACCGACCGGUGCGGCAUGCUGUGACUCUCAGUCUGCUGCGCCGCCUGGGCGUCUGCACCCUCCACUGCUCCUCCUUCCGCCACCUGCCCUCCCUGCUCGCCCAUCACCAUGCCAUGCACCAUGCAGAGCAGGAGGAGUUGGAGGACGAGGAGCAGCAGGAGGGGGGUGAGGAGGAGGAGGAGAGGGAGGAAAAGAGGCCGGAGGACGAGGAGUCUUACAAGGAGGACGAGGAGUCUUACAAGGUCGUGAUGAGCUCUGGCCUUUCUCCUGCUGCCACACCUCUUUUUCACGCCCUGCCACUGCGUUCUCUCUUUCGUCCAACCAGCCAAUCCCUAUCGGCUGGCCGCAGCAUAUCUCUCACAGCGGCAUCAACAACCCACCCGCCUGCUCGUCUGGCUCCUCCACCUCCGUCUCGAUCCACGUCCCACACAGCCUUGACAGACCACGCACAACAUGCAUCACUCGCACAACGUGCACAACACCCACAACUCGCGCCACUCACUUCUCAACAAUGCAGUGGAGCCCCUCCAGCCGCGUCCCUGACAACACCCUCACCUCCUCUGCUUUCUAACCCCACACAGGCCAACACCGGGUCAACCAGCUCCCACUUCUCCCCUGCCCUUGAGCCUUUCGGCUCGCCGGCCAUUCUCUCAUCUCCGCCUGUUUUCCGCCUUUCUGCUGCCACCCCCUCUGCAUCUUCCACCUCCAUCUCCCCUCUCUCUCCUGCUCCUCCCCCCCGCCAGUUCUCCUGCCCUCCUCUCUCCCUCGCUGCCUGCUCCUCGAGUGGGAAAAGAGUGGGGGGUGGGGAGGAGGAGGACCAGCGGCAGCAGCGGUGGUGGCGGCAGCAGGGGGAAGAGGGGGAGGGGCAAAAGGACGGGAAUGAAGAGGGGGAGGGGCAGCAGGGGGCGCACUACAGGAGUUUGGGUGAGGUGGAGAGGAGGGGGUAUGUGGGGGCGGUGGUGGUGGAAGGGGAGAUGAUGCGGCGGCUGGGAGUGACUGCAGACCAGAUUCACGCCCUUUUGGCAGGGCGGGGGGGUGGCAUUGGGAUGGCAGGGGAAGGCGAGCAGAUGACCAAGGAGAGGGAGGAGGGGGAGGUGAGCAAAGAGGGUAGGGGAGGACGUGCGCUAGAGAAGCAGCAGCAUAGCAGCAAGAGCAGUAACGGCAGCAAGGGCAGCAAGGGCAGCACCCAAAUCGGCUGGCCCGUGCCCUUCCUUGUGCUCCUGCAGGGGUCCCUCCCGCUCGCACCCGACUCUCAUGCCAGAGAUCCUGCCACGCCCGACAGCUCCAGCCCUUACAAGCGGGAUGCUUAUAAAGGGGACAGUUUUUCCCAUGACGCAGAUUUGGACUGCCAAAGGGAAGACGGGGGCGGGAGCUUUCAGCAGUCGAAGAGCGGGAGGGUUCUGACCCGAGGGAAGAGCAGGGACAGGAGAAGGAAGAGCAGGGAGAGGGGGGAGAGAGCAGCAGCAGUAGCUGCAGGCAUGGGGGCUGACUGUGCUUGUAAGCCGAGUGGCCGAGCCAGCCGUAGCAGGAGCAGGUCGCCUGUGCUGUCUCUCUCCCCGUCCCCAUCCAUCCCCUCGCUAUUGUCACUUGGCUUCGAUGCCGUUGUGAGGAAACCUCUCAGGAAGCCGGCUGUGCUGACGGCGCUGCUGCCGCUGCUUACUGUAGACACGGAGCACGGUCACUGUAAGGAGGCAGGAGGAGGCAAUAACGAGGAUGCAGCACAGGGAGGGUUGAGGGGGAGAGAAGAGGAGUGCGUCAGAAGGAGGGGUUUAGUGAGGUACAGCCAAGAGCUCUCCUUGCAGUGGCAGCGGCAGAAGCAGGUGCCUGCGGACGCCCCACGUUCCUGCCGCCGUUGUGUCACUAUCGAGUGUGACAAUAACGAGAGUAGUGGCAGCCGUGGCAGUAGUGGGAGGCAUGGGCAGGGCCAGUGGGGAGCGUUGGAGCUAGUGAGCCCCUCGGCCCUCCACAAGGCGGGCAGCACCACUGCUGCCGCCAUCUGGCAAGCGAUCAAGUCCCCUCGAGCUGUCAUGCGCUCCUCACACACCAACUCUCCCACCACUCCCACCACUCCCACCACUUCCACCACUCCCAUCACUCCCACUACCCCUACCACUUUUACCACUCCCAACACCCCUGUUUCCAAUGCUGGACGUCCCGUUUCUGCAAACCCAACCACACCGGCGGCUACCUCACCAGUCACAGCCGGCAGCAUGAGCCCACAAACGUCCUGCAAUCAUGCCUCAAUUGAGCGGGCCAAGCUCCUUCAUGCAGCCAACGCAUCACCAACGGCUGCGGUUUCAGCCACUCUAGCCACGCACCUGCCUCCUCGUCUCCUCCCCCCUGUUGCUGCCGUCAGCAAUCGGUUCUCUCCCAUGACAGGUGACCCCUCCCCCCUCACAAACGUGGCUGGCAAGGAAUUUGAUGCGGCUCAUGACAUGCAUGGCAACGGCUCAUCGGUGUUCCGUGAGGCGUCGGUGGAUGCAUGCAUGCAUGGCAACAGCUCGUUGCCACGCCUUGAGACGGUGCAGGAUACAUGCAUGGAUGGCAACAGUGCGUCGUUGGGGGAGCGAGCAGCUUCUCUCGAGCACCUUGUUGUGGGGGCUACAGAUACAGGUGCAUCUGCAGCUGCUGCUGUAGCGACAGCUGUAGCAGCAGAUUCGACAGAUUCAGCGGUGGCAUGGGUUGGUCCUGGUCCGCUUCUGAGGCGUGCCCAUUCCACGGACGGAGCUGCUGCUGCGCGACAGACGAACGGCUCAACAGCCUCAAGGAAGACAAGAUUAUGGUCGCAUAGAAGCAAGAGCAAUGUACAGAAGAGCAGCAAUGCCCGUGGUGGUGGUGCUGGUACUGCUGCCACUGCCGCUUCUGGUGCUUCUGGUGGUGGUGGUUCUGGCCGCACCAGUGGUUUGGAGAGCGGGCUCGAUUUUGCAGGGUUCUCUCCCACGUGCGCUCUGCCCACCUCUCUCACUCCUGCCUUGUCUUCUUCUUCUGUUUCUACGCCAUCUCCUACCCUCACACACACACCAUCACCGUCGCUUUCACCAACACUAGCUCCAUCCCCAGCUCCAGAGCCACCAGCAACUCCAGCACCAUCACCAUCACCAGCAGCAGCAGCAGCACGGGAGCCGGCAACAGCGGGGGAGAAGCUGGGGGUACUGGCAGGGAAGCGGGUGGUGGUGGUGGACGACAACCUGAUCAACCGCAAGGUGGCCGGCAAGCUGCUGGAGCGCCACGGAGCGCAAGUGACCGCCCUGGAUGGCGGGCAGCGCGCGCUCGAUGCGCUGCUGCCGGGCCACCCCUUCCACCUCGUCUUCAUGGACCUGCAGAUGCCGGGCAUGGACGGGUUGGAGGCGACUCGGAGGAUUCGGGCGCGGGAGAGGGCUAGGGGCAUGGGGCAUGUGCCCAUCAUAGCGCUCACAGCGGACGUCAUUGCUGGCACGCGCGAGCAGUGCUUCGCCGUGGGCAUGGAUGCGUACCUCUCCAAACCCCUCGAACACACCCAUCUCGCCAACGCUGUCUGGCAGUGCCUCCACCAGUCGUAGGACACACAGACGUGGAAUUCCAAGUUGAUGACGCCACCUGGCAGUGCCUUGGCCAGUCGUAGGCACCCAUAGACAUGGGGCAUGUGCCAAUGAUUGCGCUCCCCGCAUAUGUCAUUGCUGGCACUUGCGAGCAGUGCUUCGUCAUCAGCGUAGAUUCCUCUCUCUCCAGGGCACAAAGACUAACAGUACUAAGUCUAAAUGUAUGGAAGUGGUCUCAAUGUAUGGUACUACCGUAACUGCCAAAUGUUGGUGCCAAAAUUACCUUGUUGGGUUGCAACCCCAAAAUUAGUAAUUUAUUUUGCAUAACUUCGCUCCAUUA